UAAAAUAAAGAAAAACAAGGAAGUGAAAUCGUUUAUGGCAGACGUUGUAGAAGUUGAGUCCCGUUAAUUUCUACCCGUGUAAUAGCACCGUUAACUAAUAGUUUACGCAGAAUUAAUGAUGCAGAAUGUACGAAAAAGGCGGGGCAACGAUUUACACAGCACUCCUGAUGUUACUAAGGAAUGUGUGCCACAGGGGAAAAGGCAGCAUUUCCACUUUGACCUGUGGUUCUGUCUGACUGUGCAGAACUGGAUACUUGACUUUGGAAGGCCGAUAGUCAUGAUUAUCCUGCCCUUGGAGUGGUUCCCCCUGAACAAACCCAGUGCUGGAGACUAUUUCCACAUGGCCUACAAUGUCAUCACACCAUUCAUAAUGCUCAAGCUGAUUGAACGCAGUCCUAGAGCUCUGUCUCGCACAGCUGUCUACCUCUGCAUCAUCACUUUUGUUAUGGGAGCCAGCAUCCACCUGGUGGGAGACUCCAUCAACCACCGGCUCAUCCUGAGUGGCUACCAGCUCCAUCUGUCUGUCAGAGACAACCCCAUCAUCAAAGACCUCAAACCGGCUUCACUGAUUGACUCCUUCGAGCUGCUGUAUUAUUAUGAUGAACAGCUGGGACAUUUAAUGUGGUAUAUUCCUUUCUUCAUCAUUCUGUGCAUCUACUUCAGUGGCUGCUUCUCCAACUGUAAGGAACAAAAGAAGAUUCCUCUCUCUGGUUGGCUGUUGUUGGGACCCAGUGCUCUCUAUUAUUGGUACUUGGUAACCGAAGGACAAAUCACUGAACUCUUCCUGCUUACGUUCCUUGCCAUGGUUGCCAUGGUGAUAUUUCAUCGUCGUAAAGGCCUCAGUCCGGACAACAACGGCCUGUUUCUGUUCUAUAGUUUCAGUGCUACACUGCUGCUGGUGGCUCUGUGGGUGGCCUCUCUGUGGAACGACCCAGUGCUGCGCACCAAGUAUCCUGGUUUCUUUUAUGUUCCAGAGCCCUGGUCAUACUACACCUUACACAUCAAGAAGAGCCAAUGAGUUUGUUUGUGUACAUAAAGACAGAAGUUACUUAUUUUUUGAUGAUCUGCCUGGUGCAUAUGUUUUUAAGCUCAUUUCCUGUGACGAAGGUCAUGGGCUGCACUGAGACACUGAGACAACCACAAUCUCUAAAACGUGCUGAUGUACAGCAGCCUUUCUUUAAACAGAGAUCUUCUGGCUUCACAGUGGAUUUUUACUUUUCUUUAUCUUUGCACUGAUACAUGUGACUUGUUGACCCAUUUAUCUCACUUUGCAGAUUUUGCAGUCCGACUUCUGAAACUCAUAUCUUGUGACAAGAGAUUUCAGGCUAAAUCUGUAAUAACUUGACAGUGUGGAAAGAAAAAUGUUCAUUGUAUUUUUGACCUAUUACAAUGUUUUUGAGCACUUCUUUGUGAGUUUGCUUGUGUGUGUUUUUAUUAAACCUUAAACCAGGA